AUGAAAGUUUUGGAGCUAAUAAGUGAAGGACUUGGGCUUGGAACUGCAUAUUUUAGGGAUGAACUUUGCCAUAAUGUGACACUCACAGUUAAUCAUUACUUGCCUUGCUUGGACCCAAGUUUGACAUUAGGUAUGCCUAAACAUUGUGAUCCAAACCUCAUAACCAUUUUACUUCAAGAAGGUCAUGUAAAUGGACUUCAAGUUUUCAAAGACGGGGAAAGGAUCAGUGUGGAGCCUAUUUCACAAGCAUUGGUGGUUAACAUUGGCCAUCAGCUACAGUUGGUAGUAAUGAUUAUCAGUAAUGGGAAGCUGAAAAGUGCUGAACAUCGGGCGGUGACGAGUUCAAGCCAUUCCAGGACAUCUACUGCAUUUUUCAUCGCGCCUUCAGACGAUUGCAUUGUAGAACCUGCGGAAGCUCUUAUUAGUGCAAGCAAUCCACAACACUAUAAACCCUUUCAAUAUAAAGAGUUCUUUAUCAACUAUGUUAUGAAGCAGGGUAAAACCGAAGUUUACUAG